AUGUCCGGCCAAUUGUCUCCCGACGGUGACUCUCCCGCCCGAUCAUCGCAGCCUGCGCCUCCCGACGGGCGAGCUGUCUUUCAACCCGAACCCAAGACAAACUCCAGCGCAGACAAGAACAAGGAGCCGCUCUCCGACCUCCGCUUCGCCGUCGAGAUCUUCGUGUUUUUCUUUGUCGCCAUUGGAGGCUUGACCGCCGGCGUCUGCGUGGUGGCAUGGGCCGGAUACCGCCUCCACACUCACCAAUGGGCGGCCGCGCCCACAGCUGUGCCCGUGCUGGUUCUCGGUAUCACUCUCACAUGCGUCUUGCCUGUCCUGUCCCUACCCGUGUCCGAGGCGGCCGGGCGCUUCGUUGUGAGGCAUCUCAGCGAGGCACGUGGGGUAGGAGCCAAAACAGAAGGCAGGACAGGACGCGCGGCGGCAAGUGGCAUGGGAGGCCGGAGAGGCAAGAUGGUCGUCGUUGCUGUUGGAUGCGUGGUGAUCGUCGCUUUCCUGCAACAACGCUCCGAGAUUGCGAGGCAAGGUCUCGAGAUUCGGGACUUGCGGUCGCAACUGGAUCUGAUCAUGGCGGACGUUUUGGAGAUCAAGAGCGCAAUGUAG